UAGGGGUGCUGGCUCUUGGCUUUGGGGUUGUGGGAAGAGGGCCCAAGCUCCGUCCGAGACACUUUUUAGUGUAAACCCCAGGAGCCAGCUCUCUUUCAGACCAGAGUUGUGGUAUUUCUCCAGCUUCUUCUUCCCAGCUGGCAAGAAGCCCAGCGUCAAGCCUCUGGGCCCGCCCCCAGGCUACACGCCCCCUCAUAUCCACAAGUUGUGGGUUGGGGCCACGAAUUUUUAACUGGGUCUGUUGAUCAUUGACAGUGGGGAAAAAGGAGUCCAAACUCCUGUGACUGUAGACAGCCUGGGCCUCAGGCCUCCUGCAGAAAUGCUAGGCCGCCAAAUCUGGGCCUCUAUGAGGCAGGGGUUGAGCAGGGGCUUGUCUAGGAAUAUGAAGGGGAAGAAGGUAGACAUUGCCGGCAUCUACCCAGCUGUGACCACCCCCUUCACCGCCACCGCGGAGGUAGACUAUGGGAAACUGGAAGAGAACCUGAAUAAACUAGGCACCUUCCCCUUCCGAGGCUUCGUGGUCCAGGGCUCUACUGGAGAGUUUCCAUUCCUGACCAGCAGCGAGCGCCUGGAGGUGGUGAGCCGAGCGCGCCAGGCCAUACCCAAGGACAAGCUCCUGAUAGCCGGCUCUGGCUGUGAAUCCACUCAAGCCACGGUAGAGAUGACCGUCAGCAUGGCUCAGGUCGGCGCUGAUGCAGUCAUGGUGGUCACUCCUUGUUACUAUCGUGGCCGCAUGAGCAGCACUGCCCUCAUUCACCACUACACCAAGGUCGCAGAUCUUUCUCCGAUCCCUGUGGUGUUGUACAACGUCCCAGCCAACACAGGGCUAGACCUGCCUGUGGAUGCCGUGGUUACGUUGUCUCAGCACCCGAAUAUCAUUGGCAUAAAGGACAGUGGUGGCGAUGUGACCAGGAUUGGGCUGAUAGUUCACAAGACCAGCAAGCAGGAUUUCCAGGUGUUGGCUGGGUCGGUUGGCUUCCUCCUGGCCAGCUAUGCUGUGGGAGCUGUUGGGAGCAUUUGCGGCCUGGCCAAUGUCUUAGGGGCCCAGGUAUGCCAGCUGGAGAGACUCUGCCUCACGGGACAGUGGGAAGCCGCCCAGAUGCUGCAGCACCGUCUCAUCGAGCCCAACACAGCGGUGACUCGGCGCUUCGGGAUUCCAGGGCUGAAGAAAACCAUGGACUGGUUUGGCUACUAUGGAGGUCCCUGUCGUGCCCCCUUGCAGGAGCUGAGUCCCACUGAGGAGGAGGCCCUGCGCUUGGAUUUCAGCAACCAUGGCUGGCUCUGAUGACAAGCAGGAGACACCUGGCCUGAGCUGUCGGGGACGUCUGUUCCCGUAGCCUGAAGAGGAACAGGGCAUUAGGAAUUAGGGCAUAUAUUAGUCAGUGUUCUGUUACUGUGAGGAGACACCCUGACUCUCGUGAUGCUUAUAAAGGGAAGCAUUUAAUUGGGCUGCGUUACCGUUUAUCAUCGUGACGGGCAACAGGGCAGCGUGCAGGCAGACACGGUGCUGGAGAAGUAGUUGAGAGUUCUACAUCUAGAUUUGCAGGCAGGAGGAAGAGAAAGUCACUAGGCCUUGCUUGGGCUUUUGAAAACCUCAAAGCCACCUCCAGUGACACACUUCUUCCAAUAAGGCCACACCUUCUAAACCUUUCAGAUAGUGCCAUUCCCUAAACAUUUACAUGUAUGGGGGGGCAUUUUUAUUCAAACCACCACAUUCCACUCCCUGCCCCCCCCCGUGGGCUUAUAGCCAUAUUAUAAUGCAAAUGCAUUUAUUCUAACUUCAAAAGUUCCCAUAAUCUAUCACAGUCUCAUGACUAAUUAAAAGUCCAAAGUUCAA